UAGUUGUAGGAGGGGAACCUGCUGCUCUCCUUCAGCAUCAUCUUGUACAGAGAAAUCACCUGAGACCGAGUGGAAGCAGCCAUGAUGCUACACGGUACGCGGCUCCGUCCCUCUUUCCGUUUGAGUUCCAGGACCCUGAUUUCUAGAUCAAGGACCCCGGCGUCCCGGCCAUCGAUCGCUUCCUCCCGUGUUCAGACGGCGGAAGAACCCGUCUGGGACGCGUCAGCGCCGCGACCCGAGCCGGAUCGCUGCGGAUCGACCGGCCUCCUCUGUGGAGAGCUCCAUGGACUCGUCGUCAUGACGUUGGGUCCUUCGUUCUUCCCCUGCGGUCGGCUCCGGACCCGGCCUCUGCUCCGCCGCCUGCUCUCAGAGCUGCGGCCCGGCGGCGGCCCGGCGCCGUGCAGGCGGCUCGGCGCCGAGGGCGGCACCCUGCAGCCCGUGAUUGGCCAGGACUCCAUCGAGCUGCUGGGCCACUCCUACCCCCGCGACGACUUCACCAACAUCACGCCGAAGAUCCUGGCCAAGGUGGGCUUCCACCUGCAGAACCAGCCGUACCACCCGCUGUGGCUCAUCAAGGAGCGCAUCAAAGCUCACUUCUACAGCUCGUACGUCGGUCGCUGGGGCAACCCUCUGUUCUCCGUCCACGACAACCUGAGUCCAGUGGUGACGGUGGAGCAGAACUUUGACAGCCUGCUGAUUCCUCCUGAUCACCCCUGCAGGAAGCGAGGCGAUAACUACUAUCUGAACAGAACCACCAUGCUGCGGGCCCACACCUCGGCCCACCAGAGGGAGCUGGUCCGGUCCGGUCUGGACGCCUUCCUGCUGGCCGGAGACGUGUACCGGCGGGACGAGAUCAACGCCAGCCACUACCCGGUCUUCCACCAGAUGGAGGGGGUCCGACUCUUCUCCGACCUCCAGCUGUUCUCCAGGGUCCGCGGCGGCGACGAGCUGAGCCUGUUCGAGCGCGGCGGGCGCCGGACCGGCCAGAAGCAGGAGAGCCACAGCCUGGAGGCCGUGAAGCUGGUGGAGUUCGACCUGAAGGCCACCCUGACCCGACUCGUCACACACCUGUUUGGACCAGACGUGGAGGUCAGGUGGGUCGACUGCUGCUUCCCCUUCACCCACCCCUCCUUCGAGAUGGAGGUGCGUUUCCAGGGCGACUGGAUGGAGGUGCUGGGCUGCGGCGUGAUGGAGCAGGAGCUGCUGCUGUCGGCGGGUGCCGGGAACAAGCUGGGCUGGGCGUUCGGUUUGGGUCUGGAGCGUCUGGCCAUGAUCCUCUACAGCAUCCCGGACAUCCGGCUGUUCUGGAGUCGGGACGAACGAUUCCUGAAGCAGUUCAGGGUGGACGACAUCCAGACGCCCAUCUGCUUCCAGCCUUUCAGUAAAUACCCGCCGUUCCACAACGACAUUUCCUUCUGGCUGCCAGACGCCGCCGACCGCUUCACAGAGAACGACUUCUACGACCUGGUUCGCUCGGUGGGCGGAGACCUGGUGGAGAAAGUUAGUCUGGUGGACGACUUCACUGACCCCAGGACGGGCCGGCGGAGCCACUGCUACCGCAUCGUCUACCGCCACAUGGAGCGAACUCUGACCCAGCAGGAGGUCCGGCAGGUCCACCAGCAAAUCGAGCGAUUGGUGGAGGCGGAGCUGGGCGUUCAGGGCCGGUUCUGACCGAGCAGCGUAGAUCUACACGCAGAGCAGCGUAGAUCUACACACAGAGCCUGAGCGCUUCAGGGAGAGUCUGACCGUCUGCUGCCGGCGGUUCUCACGCCGCUGCAGCUCUUCGUCAUCCUCCCUCUGCUCCUCUGCAGCCUCAACGUGUGAAUCUGACGCGUCGCCUCUAAUUUCCAAAUACAUGGUCUGGGCGUCGGACGCCAGCAGCCGUCUGGUGGGACGGCUGCUGUCCAGCAGGUCUGAGGACGGACACUGAGGACGGACACUGAGGACGGACACCAGGCUGUUGAACCCUGAUGACUUCCAGCUGCACUUGAUGUUAAAUUACCUAUAAAACUCAUUUCUUAAAUAAUUUCUGCGUAAAAUGAAUUUGACUCUUGAACCUUUGUGGGACAAAGUUUUUCUGCGUUCAGCUGUUUGGACACAUUGGAAGAAAUUUAUCUGAAAUGUUUUUGGAAAUUAUGUUUAGAAUGUUGACUAAAGAGGAAAAGUUAAUAAAAAGUUUGCACUAAU